CCCAUCCAGCGGUCGACUUGGACUUCUCCGCGACUGUGCUGUUCUGUGCAGCCGUGCAGGGACGCCAACGACUCCGAGCUCUCCUCCAUCCAACUCUCAUGGCGGGCUACCGCGGGGGCUCCUCCGUCUCCGCCUCCACCGGCGGCGGGGGCAGCGCGGUGGCCGCAGCCUUCUCCACCCGGCUGCUGCUACUCCUCACGCUGCUGCCGCUCGCGCUCGCCGCCUUCGCCUUCGCGCUCCAGUGGCGCGGCGGUAUGCGGGACCCGGCAGGUGCAGCCUGGCCCGCCGACGCGCAGCGCUUCCCGGGCAUGGAGAACAGCCCCCUCUCCUCCUCCCACGGAGGAGCAGGCUCCUACUUCGCCGUCUCCUCCUCCUCCUCCUCCCCGGGAGCCGACUGCGCCGAGAUCCUUGGCCGGAGCGCCGCGUCCUCCAAUGGAAUCUCGCUCUACCGCGGGUGGAGCUUCGACUCCGAAUCUGCUAUAACCCCCAAGAUCUGUAUCACGGGAAGCACAUCUGCUAGCCUACACCAGAUUCUUCCAUGGUUGUAUUAUCACAAGGUCAUUGGUGUUUCCCAUUUCUUUCUUUUUGUUGAAGGAGAGGCUGCAAAGCCAGCUGUCACCUCUGUUCUUGAAUCUAUUCGGGGUGUAAAAAUUAUUUACAGAACUAAAGAACUGAAAGAGAAACAGGAGAAAAGCCGCAUUUGGAAUGAGACGUGGCUAGCAGGUUUCUUUUACAAGCCGUGUAAUUACGAACUAUUUGUCAAGCAAUCACUAAACAUGGAAAUGGCUAUUAUUAUGGCAAGGGAUGCUGGAAUGGAUUGGAUCAUUCACCUCGAUACUGAUGAGUUGAUUCAUCCAGCUGGUGCCCGAGAGUACUCCCUGAGGCGAUUGCUUUUAGAUGUUCCUGACAAUGUUGACAUGGUUAUCUUCCCCAAUUAUGAGAGCAGCAUUGAACGUGAUGACAUUAAGGAUCCUUUUACUGAGGUUUCCAUGUUUAAGAAAAAUUAUGACCAUCUUCCAAAGGAUACAUACUUUGGCCUGUACAAAGAAGCAACACGUGGUAAUCCAAACUACUUCCUUACUUAUGGUAAUGGGAAAUCAGCUGCAAGGGUUCAGGAGCAUUUGCGACCGAACGGUGCUCAUAGAUGGCAUAAUUACAUGAAAUCCCCAAAUGAAAUCAAAUUGGAGGAGGCUGCUAUUCUGCAUUACACCUACACAAAGUUCUCAGACCUAACCUCAAGGAGGGAUAGAUGCGGCUGCAAACCAACUAAAGAAGAUGUGAAGCGAUGUUUUAUCUUGGAAUUUGACCGUUUGGCCUUUAUAAUUGCAUCAACAGCUACUGAGGAGGAGAUGAGGAACUGGUACAAGGAACAUGUUGUAUGGACCGAUAGAGACACCAAUUUGAAACUUUUAAGGAAGAGUGUCUUGACACGCAUAUAUGCGCCCAUGGCUAUUAUCCGUGGCCUCAAGGAAUCUGGCGUCUUUACCAAUGCAGUAACAUCAGCGAAAGCACAGUCAAAAACGAAGUCAUCAAACAUGGGUCUCGGAAACAAGGAUCCUAUCCAGCCAAACGGAACUGCUGGUCAGUCCACACUGGAAGGCAGUCAUGGAAAGUUGCAGGCAACCGUGAGAAAGAUCCUGGAAAUGGUUGACACACAGGAAGAAGCAGCGAUGCCACCAAUGUCGCCCCCGGGUUUUCUUGAGCUGACUGAAAGUGUCACUGCCUUUUCAUGACGCUUUGGUUUAACCAUGCGUGAUGCAUGCAGCCUUGAGCAUACGAAUAGCAUUGGCUUGUUUGGUCGUCGUCGUAUCUUGCAACCCCAGAAUGACCAGAUGUAUCGUGCUGAUGUAAAAUUGCUAGUUAUCACCAUGCAAAGAGCUUUAAAUCAACUUCAGAAGGUAUUAUAAAGUUGGUGCAAAUUAU